AUGAAGAGGUGGAAACAAGGAAGGGGGGCCCCUCCUCUUCUUACUGCUGCUGACUCUGCUACUUCUCCCUCUCCUCCAGGUUCCCCCUUCUUGCCCUCCUUUGGCUCAACGGCCCCUGUGGCAGGAGGGUACGGCGGCCGGAGAGGGGCCCCUGUGGGGCCCCUAUCUGCACUGCAUCUAGGUGAAGGGCUCCAUGGAGACUUCGGGGCCUCCAGGGGCCCCCUAGAAUUCAAAAGAUGCCCUGGUGGCGGUGUGUCCAUGGGGGCCCUCUCGCCUCCAAGUCUCUCUGGAGUGUAUAGGGAGGUAGGAGAAUGGGACGAAGGUGCCUAUACACCCCAGCGCCACAGGAGAAGCCAAAGAGAAGCGUCGCAGAAAAGACCCUCUCCUGCACUGCAGCAGCAGCAGAAUCGGCAGCAGCAGCAGCAGCACCAUCAGCAGCAGCAGCAGCAGCAGCAGCAGUCGGGUUUACUGUCUGAAAAUUUGGAGUCGUUUUGUUCCCCUGCUGUUCCUCUCUUCUGGCGCCGCCGUCUUGAGCAAUUGAGGGAGCUGCAGCAGCAGCAGCAGCAGCAGCAGCAGCAGCAGCAGCCGGAAGGGGCGCGGCAACCUGCUGCUGCAAGGGAGGCUUCUUCGCACCCGGCAGCAGAGAAGCACAGAAGGCGCAGCAGCAGGGCAGCAGCAGCAGCAGUUACAGCACCAUCAGCAGCAACAGAAGGAUCAGCAGCAGCAGCAGCAGCAGCAGAAGCAGCAGCAGCAGCAGAGGGGUACACCAAGCCAUGGGGCACUCCAAGGGCACCCCCCGCACCUCCAAGGACAAAAUUAAGAAAAGGAGGAGCAGCAGAUACAUCAGCAGCAACAAAAGAGACGGCAGCAGCAACUAAACAGACAACAGCAGCAGCAGCAGCAGCAGCAGCAGCAGCAGCAGCAAAUAAAACAAGCAUUAAGGAGACAAAAGGAGACACCUGCGUGCUGCUGCGUCUCCAUUCUGUGCAUUUUUGCUUCCAUCCUUCAUCAAGAGGAAAUCUAUUAAAGGAGACAGAGACACUAGAGCCAGCAUAUUGUAUAGGUGUCCGUUAUCUUCCCCUGCAGCAGCAGCAGCAGCAGCAGCAGCAGCAGCAGCAGCAGCAGCAGCAGCAGCAAGCUGCUCCAAAGGUACAAGUCUGCAUGCCGUCCUAUACAACUCCAUGGUUUGCUGCUGCUGCAUCUGUGCAGCCUAAAAAGAAGCAGCAGGAAAAGAAGCAAUCAGAUAAGACAGCAGCAACUGCAGCAGAAGCAGAAGCAGCAGCAGCAACUGCAGCAGCAGCAGCAGCAGCAGCAGCAGCAGCAAAAAUAAAGGAGGAACGUUAUUGGGUAGAGGAAUGUUCCUUAGAAUGCGAUGUUACUCUUCCUCCUCUAACAGAGCAGCAGCAGCAAGCAGCAGACACAACUAAGUUGCUGCUGCAGGUAUGGAGACACGACAACCAGGAACAGGAGCAGCAGGACCAGGAGGAGGAGGAGCAGCAGCAGCAGCAGCAAGAAGGAGCUGCAGCAGGACCUCUCGUCCAGCUAGUAGGCGAGGCAAUAGUUAACAUACUAGAGGCAGAGCAAAGCCUUAAGGGUCGCUGUAUUGUGCCUAUCAGCAGCAGCAGCGGCAGCAGCAGCAACAGCAGCAGCAGCAGCAGCAGCAGCAGCAGCAGGGUGGGUGUACUCGGCUCCAUAGCGCAGUCGGGUACCCUUCAUGCUACCAUCACCAGGAAGCCUGCGAACACCCAGCAGCAGCAGCAGCAGCAGCAGCAGCAGCAGAACAGCAGCCGUGACGAAGAGAGAGCAGCAACAGAGAAGAUGUGGUAUUACAAAGAUGACAAUGGGAAGAUUCAAGGGCCCUUCUCUAGCACACAAAUGUUUCAUUGGAUCAACAAAGUGCAGCAGACGCACCAUGCACAGCAGCAGCAGCAGCAGCAGCAGCAGCAGAAGCAGGGGGAGCAGCAACAACGGCAGCAACAACAGCAGCAGAAGCAGAAGAUGCAGCAGCAGACACAGCAAGACCACCAGGUAAACCAACACAAGCAGCUAGGCGAGCAGCAGCAACAGCAGCAGACACCUAGGCAACGACAGCAACAAGAGCAGCAACAUCAACGGCAGGCACAGCAGCAGCAGCAACAGCAGCAGCAUCAGCAACAGCAGCAGCAGCAGCAGCAGCAGACUCCGUCUGCAGUUACACCAAGGGAGGCAUGGCUUCCUGCAACGAUCCCCGAUAGAGCCGAGGGCUAUUCGCAGCACAGCAGCAGCAGGAGCAGCAGCAGAAGCAGCAGCAGCAGAUAUACAGAGCAUUUGCCAAAUGCUGCUGCAUCAACAGGAGGAGCAGCAGUAGCAGCAGCAGCAAGAACAGCAGCAGCAGCAGCAGCAGCAGCAGCAGCAGCAGCAGCAACAUCGUCUAGAGAGCCUCAGCCGGCGUCUCUGGAAUCCCCGCUUGAACAGCAGCAGCAGCAACAGCAGCAACAACAGGAGCAGCAGCAGCAGCAACAGCAGCAGCAGGAGCAGCAGCAGCAGCAGGAGCCAUGGGAUGCUGCAGCAGUCCGUCAAGUAUUUGCAUCAUUAGCUGCUGCUGCUCGUUGCCUAGAGAGUUUACCUAAACAUAAAAUGUCUGCAUAUCUUAGAUGCUCAAUUGCUGCUCCUUCUAUGCAUGCACUUACCUGCUUCCCUAAUCUGCUGCAGCAGCAGCAGCAGCAGCAGCAGCAGCAACAGCAGCAGCAGCAGAUGAUGCUCAUGCAGCAGCAGCAGCAACAACAACAGCAGUAUCUGUCCUUACCGAUACAACAGUAUCAGGUACUGCAAGACCAGCAGUAUAACCCCUUGCAGCAACAGCAGCAGCAACAGCAGCAGCAACAGCAGCAACAGCAGCAGCAGCAACAGCAGGGAGAGGAGGAGGAGGAGGAGGAGAAGGGGGAGGAUAGUUUAGCUCGGGUGUAUGUACGCCAGAGAUUGAAUAUGCUAAGAGAAGCAUUUGGUGAUUCAGCACUACUAGAGGCAUGCGCGGUGUAUAUACAGGCAGCAGUAAGGGGAUGGAUUGUACGUCGCCGCUGCAGCAGCAACAGCAGCAGCAGCAGUAGCAGCAGCAGCAGCUACAACAGCAGCAGUAGUAGUAGUAGCGGCAGCAGCAGCAAACCCAAUCUCUUGGGGGCCCCUAGGGGCCCCCUAGGCCUUAUUAGACAUACUGAUGCUGCAGCAGAUGUGUACAGACACCGCAGAGGGGAGGAUGGCUACGCAGCAUAUACACAACAAGGAGGACAAAGUGCAGCAGCAGCAACAGCAGCAGCAGCAGCAGCUGCUGCUGCUGCUGCUACUGCUGCUGCAGCAGCAGCAGAAGCGAACAGACCGAAGCAAAUACAUAGCAAGCAGCAAUUUAUUGAUUUGCUUCCCUCCCUUCUUGCUGCUGCUACCCCCAUGAAGACCCUAGGGGGGCCCCCCUUACCUCGUACUGCAGCAACUGCAGCACACCUAGGGGGCCCCCAGCAAGACCUUAUUAACACCAAUACUAAAAUACAUAACUUAGGGGCCCCCAUUGGGGGCCCCACAGGGUACACCUCAGAGGAUCCCUCCUUCGGAGGCCCCACACGGUAUACCUUAGGGGGCCCCACAGACUAUCCCUUAGGGGGGCCCCCAGACUACUCCUUUAGGGGCCCCACUGAAUACACCUUAGGGGGCCCCAAAGAAUAUACCUUAGGGGGGGUUCUUGGGGGCCCCGGAGGGUUUGCCGAGGGGAACCCCUUAGGAGGCUUCACAGGGUACACUUUAGGGGCCCCCGCAGCGUACAGUGUAGCAGAGGGGGCCCCAAGGGGCCCAGGAAGGUCCACCAUAGGGGCCCCCUAUGGGUACCUAAUGGAAGGUUAUGGAGGAGGGGGGCCCCCGUGGGACUACUAUAGAGAUAAGAAAAGGGUUGGCUUUGCGCUGCAGGGUACCCAGGGGACCCCAGAUAUUGACGGGAACCUGGGGCCCCAUCCCUUUGCAGCAGGGGGGCCCCCUACCUGCGAGUACCCUGCUGUCUGA